GGGAUAUGUGCUGGCAAGCACUCUGUUGCGGAAUAUUUAAUUCGUGAACACAAUUUCCAGUUGGUCAGGCUUGUUGGCAAGGAUUACAGCUGGAUUGCAGAUGAAAAAGAUGAUGGGCCGUGUCUACAAGGAUCUGAGGUAGCAGAUGAGAAACAGUCGCCAGAGCUCGUUUUCGAAACUGUUGACGCUGUAUUGGAAUUCGUUACCAGACGAUGGCGUGAGCGCUGGGUCACAACGGACAUAAGGGAUAUCUCUGUGCUGGAUCGCUUCCUACAGCGCCCUUUCUUCCUCCUUGUAACAGUGGAUGCGCCAGUAAGUUUACGGUGGAAGAGAUUCACGGAGAGGUGUCAGAAACGCGGAAUCCAUCCUCCGGAUCUCGAAAAGUUUGUCCUUUGGAACGAUCGACAUGUAUAUGACAGGAAAAUGGGGCCAGCUUUCUUGACUGACAGAGCACAACUGAGGUUGUUCAAUUCUUCGUCAUCAUUGCAGGACCUGUAUGAUUCUUUGAGGAACCUCGACCUGACCAACGAGGAGCGACUGAGGCCUAGCUGGGACCAGUACUUCAUGCAGCUGGCAUCACUUGCUGCCCAAAGAAGUAAUUGCAUGAAAAGACGAGUCGGCUGUGUCUUGGUUCGCGAUCGUCGUGUCAUAAGUACGGGGUAUAAUGGUACUCCCAGGCAUCUGAAGAACUGCAACGAAGGAGGAUGUAGCGUAGGUCCUCGUUGUAAUCGUGGCGACGGUGGAGGCACGGGGCUUUCGACAUGUCUCUGCCUCCACGCCGAGGAGAACGCGCUGUUGGAAGCGGGCAGGGAGCGUAUAAGGGAAGGCACAAUACUCUACUGUGACACCUGCCCCUGUCUGACUUGCACCGUGAAAAUCACCCAAGUGGGCAUCUCUGAGGUUGUGUACUCUCAGAGCUAUAACAUGGACCAAGAGAGCGCAGCAAUUUUGGAAAGCGCAGGCAUACGCCUGAGAAAGUUCUCACCGCCUCGGAAUGGACUCAUUUAUCUUCAGCCAUCGGAACCGCAUAGCUCAGUCGUCUGA